AUGCGCGAUAAGCUGCUGCUAGUGCUCGGUGCGUGCUGUGCGCUGGCCUAUCUUCAGGUGGCUAGGACGGAGUUGAGUGAUUAUGAAAUCGAUUACGACGAGGAGGGCUUUUGGAUUGGCCACGGGCUAGGAAACCGCAAAGAAGGCGACGAAGUCCUGAAGGUGUUGCACAAAUCGGUUGGCCCGUUCGUGGAGCCGCAAAACGUUACCGUCGUGGAGAAGUUCACUGCAGCGGACGGUGAAAGUAUUACGUUUACACAAUUCAACUCAUCUAAGGUGCUGACAUACUUUCAUGAGGUGGUCCUGGAUUUCAAUCCCAAAAACUUCUACAUCCGGCUGAAGCUGUUCAACAUUACCAGCUUAAGGCUGCAGCGAACAGUGUACGGGUUUCGAUCAAACGCAAUCAAACCGGAUGUGAGCUAG